AUGUCGAACGCCUUCACCUCUUGGCAAGAGAGGCCAGAAAAGCUCUUCUCUUCUCGCAACAGGAAUGGCAGCCGAGACGAGAUCACCGACGACGCUUCUGCUGCCCAUCCUACCGCAAAGUGGAUCCAGGAACAGAGCCACUUCAACAGCAGCUCUGCUCGCACCGAUGAGCUCGACCAGUUCGGCAUUCCUAUCCAUCCGUCUCAGUACAGCUCGUUGCGCUCCACUUCCAAACGCGAUGCAACUCUCCCACGCUCUCCCACCUUGAGAUCAUCUGCAGCGCUCAAGUCUUCAGCUUCUUCGCGACAUCACCUCGGCCCCGCAAGCACACAGUCGCCAGAUGCUCAUGCUUCACCCUCGACAUCGUCGCACAUACCAGAUCCCUCUCCCUCCGCUUCGCGUAUCGUAGCACAGACCGACGACGUUGACGAGGACGAAUCCAUCGGCCUGUUGCUGGGCCAGUCCAAACGCAGAAGAGGCCGCACGGAUUCAUAUUCUUCCUUCGGCAGCAGUGUUCUUCCCGCUCCGCUAUUUGCCUCCAACGCACGCUACAAUGCACACGCCGGCAGCAACAGUGGGCUCACUCAGUCUAGGCUCACAUUACCUGCUAAGCAGGGCAGAUCUACCUAUCCACCUAGCAACCACUCUAGCGCCGCUCCUCGAUCCCGACACCUUGCCCCUGCCGUCGACACGUUUGCUCAACAACAACAUUCACAGAUUCCACAGCCAGAUGUACACUAUUCACGUCAACGGCAACCGUCUAACAACCUUGCUUCUCGACCGUCGGGUUUUGAUCUAGACGACUGGCUCCGCGCUUCUCAAGCUCCCGCCGCUCUCAAAUCUUCUCCCAGUCUCGGCGCUCUCGCCACUUUCGACCGCGUGGAUCGACCCAAUCGAGCAGCAGCUCUCAGCGAGGCUGGCACGCGGCGCCGUCGACACAAAGCAGGCUCUGCUUCCGGGCUCAGCGCAGGAGUGUUGAGUGCCGGUCCAGAGUCGCCCCGCAGUCGAAGGAAGGUAAGCGCGAACUCGAAUCGCCGUGAUCCAAGCGGCUACUCUUCCCUUUCUUCCGACCAUCCAGCUCUGAUGGCGUCUCUCGAACUCAGCAGAGAGGCAGAAUCGCGUACCAUCGACACCAUAGAAGAAUGGCGCGCCAAGUCGGGGGACACCCCGAUUUCAAAUGCUUCGGCAGCUCCAUCCACCGCAAUAGCAGAUCCCGGCAACGGCGCGGCAGAACAACCCGAUCUGGUUCCACGACGUCGACGCAAGAGCUCCGUCAAGAGCGCUUCACGCCCUGUCUCGAUGGAUGGGCCUCGACCUCCGCUCCCUUCGAUCCCUCCUACUUUCGGUACAGAAUCUGUCACAUCCAAGAGUGGACGGCGUAGAAGGAAGGAGAUUGACACCUCCCUCGUCGGCCUCCUCUCGCCUGACAAGGCAUUAGAUCCGCGCAGAAAACCAUUAGCGACAUCAACGGCAGUGCAGAAGCCCCCGCAUGCACUGCGCGACCUGUACGCACUGUCUGGCCUCGGCUCGCAAGCAGAGACGCCCAUACGUCGCUUGAUCCGCUGGCUGGCUAAAGAACAACUCAAGGCGACCAUCGUGCCGGUUGUGCUGCUCGUCUCAUUUUUGGUUCGCUGGAUCGUGGGCAGAGGCGAUUGGAGCGGUCGAGGCGUCGAACCCUUGCACGGCGACUUUGAGGCGCAACGCCACUGGAUCGAACUCACUCUGCAUCUUCCUACAUCCAAGUGGUACUUUUACGACUUGCAGUAUUGGGGACUCGACUAUCCUCCGCUCACGGCAUGGGUCAGCUUGGCUUGCGGCUAUGCAGCGCGUCUGUUUCCCUCUACCGCCGCUGGGUUUGCUUUCGAGACGUCGCGCGGGAACGAAGAUGCGGCGACGGCUAUCUUCAUGCGCGCCACCGUCGUCGUUGGCGAUUUGCUUUUCUACUUGCCCGCUAUCACGCUGUUCGUCACGCACAAGCUCGAAGGACGCGGUCGACGCACACAAGCCAUCGCGCUGAUGUCCAUCCUCCUCCAGCCGGCACUCAUCCUGGUCGACCACGGCCAUUUCCAGUACAACAGCAUCAUGCUCGGUUUCAGCGCCGCCUGCUUCGCGCUCCUACACACAACGCUGCCCAACCCGGACGCCGCUGCUUCGUCUUCCACUGCUGCUGCAAGAGGACGUGCUCGCAGCCAAGCGGUCGCCGACCUCUCGCGCCGUCUCAGCUACGAAUACGUCGCCGCCGCGAUAUUCUUUUGCUUGAGUUUGUCGUUCAAGCAGAUGGCGCUGUACUAUGCGCCCGCGGUCUUCGCUGUCAUGCUGGGGCGGUGUGUUGGUCUAGCGCGCAUUGAUCCGGAGCGCGGUCUGACGCUGUUCAUCGGCCUUGGGCUCGCGGUGGUCGGCACGUUCGGCGUGGUGUUUGCGCCGUGGCUGACGAGCUUGCAGCAGGCGGCGCAGGUGGUGCACCGCAUCUUCCCGCUGGCGAGGGGGCUGUUCGAGGAUAAGGUAGCCAAUGUGUGGUGUUUUCUGUCGGUGCUGCCGCUGCCGGCGCGCUUCAAGCUGAAGAAUGUCAUGGAGGCGACAGCGUUGGCGAGGUUGAGCCUGGCGGUAACGUUGGUGGCCAUCUUGCCGGGGUGCGUGUUGUUGUUUUGGGCCGCAAGUCAGACCGCGAGGAUGGAGAUGAUGGUGGCGCACGAGACGGUGGCGGUCGGAAAGAGUGCUGCGGGCAGCAGCAGCGUUGCGGGGAGUGUCAAGGCAGGCACAGUGGCGGCGGCAUCGAAUAAGUCUCGUAGUCGACGGCCGCCGUCAGUGAUCGGGUCAGCUGCUGGUGCACCGGCGCGCUCUGAGAUCGAAUCGCUGCUGGCUGGGUCGGUCUCGAAAUCCAUCAGCGGUCGCAUCAGCCACGUCGGACCACCGCAGGACGCUCUCGCCACGCUCUCGCACGAUUCUGACUACCCGCAGCAUCACGCUGGAACUGCAGGCGCCGCACGGGCCGUAGCAUCGACCCUGCCGUCGCCUGCAGCGCAAAUGCUGCCGUACGGCCUGCUGAGCGUCUCGAGUGCGUUCUUCCUGUUCGGGUUUCAGACACACGAGAAGUCGAUCCUGCUGCCGCUGCUGCCCAUGACGCUCCUCCUCGGCGCUAAGGGUGACACGUGGGGCGGCAAUAUCACCUCCGCGCGCGACUGGGAGUGGAGCGUAUGGUUCAACAACAUGGCCACAUUCUCCUUGUAUCCGCUGUUGAAAAAGGACGGACAGAGCCUGCAGUACGUCACACUCAUACUCGCAUGGAAUUGGAUCAUCGGCAACCUCUCGAUCCCCUUCCACCCGCUCGCUAGCAUCCGGGCAGCAGCCAGCGCGAACGCCUCCUUCUUCCGCAGACUCAGCACUCUCACCUACCUCGCAGCUGUCGGGCUUCACCUCGUGGAAGUGCUGGCGCCGCGUUUGGCCCCCGGGCUGCAGGCGGCGGUGUGGACCCGAUAUCCGGACAUCUAUCCCGUGCUGAAUGUCUUGCUGACGACGCCGUGCUUUGCCGUCGUGUGGGUGUGGGCCAUGGUGAGGCAGGUGCAGGUGGCCUUUGCCAACGGCUGGACCGUGUCGAUCGGUUCUAGCAAGAAGAAGCGUGCGAAGUCGUAA